GAGAGUCGGGGUGGGAGGGAGCCAGCUUGUCAUUGUGAAAUAGUUGGGUGGAAUACACGUGUGAACUGCAGCUCCUCUCUGCACUGCGCUGAAUGGUGACCAGGAGACAGGACAGGAGGGGGAGGACUGACCAGCAUGGAGCUCCACUCACCCAAAAAGAGCUGAAUAAACAGUACAACACAGCUCUGCAGCAAAGACAAGACACACACUGAGAAACACAGACAAAAGGACGCAAGGAAAGGAAAGCAAGAGGCGGAGGAACUUCACUGCCUGCUUUUGCAUGAGGUGUUUGGAGUGGAACAGGAGAGCAGUCAGAGAUCAGUGGUCAUUGGUCUCAGGAUGUCCAGGAGCAGCUCUGCGGGCGAUUUGGUACCCAAAGACAUUACUGAAAUACUGGCCUUGCAGCAGGCCAGUAAGAAGAAACGGGGUUCAUCCUUAGGCCGGGCUUUCAGCUGGUUCAAAGGCAGUAAACGCAAGAGGAGUCUCAGCAAUGGGCAUAGCAGGUCAGGAGGUCCAUGUGGACGGUCUGGAGAGAGCACUACAGCCAAACCCAUUCAUGCCAGUGGUGACACUAAAGCAGGCCAAAAGCAGAAUGAGCCAAGAAAGCUGACUGUACACUACACCGCCUCCCAGCACUACCAGGAGAACGUGUUCAUAGAGGGAAGCAGACCACAGUAUCUGGAAGACCUGCAUACUGAGGCCCAAGAGGGAUUGAAGAUACUACAACAGGAGGAGAACAAAAAUGGAGUGGACUUUCAGGAUGAUCAGACCAUGCCAGAGGAAGAUACAAGCUCAAAAGAAAGAGAUGAAUCACUUGAGACUGAUAGCACUGCUGGACACUCCAUCAUUUCAGUGUCAACUGUCUCAGCAGUCUCCUCACGCCCAGUGCUUACACGUCAAGGUUCCACAUUUAAACCCUUGAACCCAGUUAAACGACUGGACAAGACCAAGAGGAGAAGUAGAAGAACAACUAUAAUGGGCAUACCACAACAAGUCCAAAGAGAAUUGGAUAUGGCAAGAGGAACUAUACUGCAUCAGCAUGCAAAUGGAGAACACAACAGUGAAGAUGAUUCCUGUGGCAGAGUUGUCAUCCCAACAAUUGAUGGAGAGCUUCCUUCAAUAAAUCAUGAAGGGGCUCGUGUACAUCUGCAGAACAUUGAGGUUCUUCAGACAUCAAGAGAUGAGGAGUUUCUUAUAAACCACAUUCAUUCUGUCUACCAAGAUGAGUUGAACCGAAAGCUUGGGAUAGCAGCAUGCUCUACACAGAGGCCAAAGUCCCUUGCUGUGCCAGGGAUGACCACUUCCUCUUUCCUGCAUGAGCCUCAAGGUCCCGUUAUGUCUAUUUCACCACAGGCAACUUAUUUAUCUAAGAUUAUUCCGAACGCAAUUCUGCCUGCUGCAAUAGACAUAAUUGAAAUUAAUCAUGAUCACAGCCGGCGCAGUACAAGUACAGUUAGCAAGAGUAGUUUAGCAUCAGCUAGUCCAGCUUCUUCACGAUCUGGAGGUAGCACAAAUCAAAAUCCAACUACCGCUAGCCCCAACAGGAGCCAUUCACAAUCAUCUGAGACUAUUGUCUCCAACUCCUCCACAAUUUCCUCAAAAGCAAAGUGUCUACCAACAUUCGUUACUGACAGCACCAAAGAAGUUUCAGAUUUAAUCCCAAAGGAUGUAAGUGUUACAAGCUCAAGCAGUUGUAAAAGUUUUAAUAGUAACGGUACAAAUCAAAGACUAGAUCACAGGGAGAUGAGUGAAGUAGGGGAAAAUGUCAGAAACAGCCAAUCGUUCUCUCGUAGUCUCUCUGUAAUGAAGACAAAAUUGCCACCCGCACCACCUCAGAGAACCUAUUCCCUGCACCAUGAAAAACUUAAGCGAAGAUCAAGGGAACAGGUAGAUAUAAAAGGUCUCAAAAAUAUUGCCCGAGAUGAUGGCCAUACAGGUAGAGAUCUUAAAGGUACAAAAGACCAUGAGUCCACCAAUAAUGAGAAAGGUUCUGUCCAUUCUUCAGUGCUCAACUCAUCAAGAGAACGCAGCCCACUUAGUCCUGAUCAAGCUUUUGCUAGAUGUCAUGUCAGAUCAGGUAACUCAUCCCCGCAGAAAACUGGAGAAGAAUCUAGUGAAAACAAAUUUGAUAGGACUUUGUCUCCUUCGAGUGGAUACUCAAGCCAAAGUGGGACACCUACGCAUUCCCCUAAAGAGGUCAGUCCAUCCUCACCUGGAAAAAGAAGAGUUAAGCCUUCAAAGCCUGAGCGAACAGGUGUACGGACAUCGCCAGUGGUUUCAGUCUCUUCAUCAAUGACAUCUCUAUCUUCAGUCACAUCAGACACGGCACAUCAUGACAUUCAAACCAACACCACUCCAUCAGAGCCAUUCAAGUGUUCCCCACCUGUUACAACAGUGAAAAACAAGGUGACGCUGACACACCCAACUAUUCCCCUUAGGGAACUGUUCAACAUCCCCCCUCCUCCCAAGGUAAAAGCCCCAUCUCCCCAACCCCCUGAAACCUGGAUCCACAAUAAACGCACACUUGAACUAUUGUGUGGCCCAGGUCCAAACCCCCAAAAGUUACACCAACUUCAGAAACAGCAGAAAGAGUCAUUAAUAAAAAAUCAAAACACAAAUUAUAUACAAAUCACUGAACAAAUACUCCCAAAGAUACAGACAACAGAAGAAAUAAAGUCAGGUAACCAACUGGAGAACAAAGAAGCUGUAAAAGAACAAAAUGCGUCGGUGUCAUCACAAGUACUUGAAGAAAUGAUGGCAGAACCUCCAGAUUUGAGGCAUAAUGAAACCUCAACAUCAAACAAAGCACUAAAUGAAGUAGAAAGUACAAAAAUCCCUACAGAGGUCAUUCAGAACAUUCAUACACAAGAUCAGACAACUGUAGAGGACCAAAAGGAAAAAAGAAGCCAAAUACUCCCUACAAUGAAAGUACCAACUAUCAAAGUUGAUCAAAGUAUGUUGUUACAGACAAACUGUGCAGUCAAAACAAGUCCUGAAAUCGUGAUCACAGCAUGCACAUUAAGCAAUGAUGAAACUGGGGAGGGCAACAAAGGAAACUGCCUUGUUAAGGACAUUCUCAAUUAUAAACAAGUGCAAACUCUUGACAUUGAAGUAGCUGAGGUGAAUGGAAUUUCUCCUCCUCCUUCUCCACCUCCAGAACACCACCCUCCACCACCACCUACUAAAAAGACAUCAGCUUCCUCAGGGUGUAUACCACCAUCUGAUAAAGAGGAACAGAAGCAAGAAACAGAGGAACAGGUGACUCUUCUGGAGACUUCGUGGCCUCCACCACCGCCACCAAUGGAAGAAUCAACUGAAUUGUUGUUUGAGGAACAAGAUGAACUUGAUUUCCCCCCACCACCUCCCUCAUUAAUCCAUGAACCCCUUUCGGGAGUAUCUGUAAACUGCCACAAAGAGUCCUGUGAACAGCAUGACAAUAUAGAAUUGAGGUUAUCUAAUGCCUCAGAUAUGGCUAGCAGUCCAAAACAAGACUCCAAAAAACAGAGCAUUCUGCCAACAAGAACCUUACAAAAUGAUAUGGAGGUCAACAAUGCCUCAAACCUCUCUGUGGACGAAGGUGGCAUGGAAACUGUAGCUCCUACUAAAAUGUCCUAUCUUUUAGCAGAUGCACUUGUACAAGUGGAGGAAACGCCAACUUUGUCAGCACAAGAAUCAUUAGAGCAAACACCACAUGAUACCCAAGCAGAUUCCACUAACGUGCCCCUGGCACCUCCACUUCCAGCGGAAGACCAAUCCACCAUUAACUUCCGAAGGCAACUGAGCCUACUAAACAAGGACAGCCGGAGCAAAGACCUGCUUUGUCGUCACAAAAGCACAUCUACUCCAAAGGAGGAUGCUAACAUUCCCCUUGUCACCCCUUCCUUGCUUCAGAUGGUUCGGUUACGAUCUGUAAAUGUAGCUGAAGAUCAAGUUAACAAUAAUACCAAAGCAAGUGUUGAGGCCACAACUGAGGAUCACAGUAUUACAAGUCAAGCAACGCCACAAAAGCCUAUUCGCAAAUCCUUGUCCUUGAAGUCCAACUCACCUGCUAAGUCACCUCCUACUCCAGCCACAGCCCCAUCCAUGCGUCUUCAAGAGGCCAUACGUAUGAAGACUGCUGCAAUGUCCUCCAGUGGAGUACCUGCAAUGCUCAAUCUACGCUUUUCCUCAAAUAGCAGUGCUAGCUCACCUGUGCCAUCCCCUAAAACACCAGACGGCUGUGACUUACAUAAGUCCCCUGCAUCUACAGCUAGCUUUAUCUUCUCAAAAAGCACAAAGAAAGUGGUCAUUGAAACACCUACUUCUCCAGAGGUCCAAGCAAACCUCAAACAAAGUCUUGCAGCUGAGAUAAUACAGGUUUCUGGCCAAGCCAAGACAAUGGUUACAAAUGGAACAAAAAAGCCAAUUAAGGUGCCGCCACCUGUUGCUAAGAAACCAGUGCAUGGUACAAAUCCUCCUAAUAAGACAGAGAAUGCAACACCGGAUAAGACUGAGAUCUUGACGAAUAAACAAAUAAUGAUGGUUGAAGUUAAUGGGCAAAAUGAUCAAGUGCAUCCUGCUGGUCAGCGAGCACAAACAUUAGGAAACCAGAAGCAACCAAGAAGUACAGAGACUGCAUGUUGAAGGACACACGACUUGAGUUUUGAUUGGACUGUUUAUAGUCAGAGCACGGGAUAAACAAGAGGACAAAGAAAGUGACGAAAGCCCAAGAUAGGUGUUCAAGGAUCCAUGGAUACCACAGCUGUCUUAAAAGCCUUAGCCUGGAGAAAUGGCCUUCAAUUGUAUGCAAAAAGCUUUUCCCUAAUCUGUUUUAUACAAUAGCUUUAUUACAGCUUUCAAGUAUUUUUCUAAAUGAGUUUGUCUGCGCUGGGAAAAGUCACUUUUAGUUUAUUGUGGACUUAAAAAAAAGCUAAUGACUGCAAGAUUGAACUGACAUCUAGUGGUCACUAGUGGUAGUAAUCACUGCUUGCCGCAAAAUAAAGUCGAAGCCUGUUAUUUUUUUUCCUUUUGACAUAUACAAAUAUGUCCAAGCACACAGAUUGAUUACUAGUUUUUAAUGAAAUUCUACUAACAGUUUUGAAAGUUUUAGUGCUACUGCAAUCAACUUUCAAAAUUUGCUUUCAGCAAAUGUGUAAUUAUACAUGUACAGAACCAUCUGUUACCUUUAUGAAUUUUGCAGUAUGGUGACUAUAGCUGAACAUAUAUACAUUUACGUAUUUACUUUUCAUUAGAUUAAAGCACUUUGUAAGCUAAAUGCUGCAUUUCUUUUUAAACCAGCAAACAGGUAAGCGUAUUCACUGAUGGUCCCCCUACAAUUGAUGUAAAAAUAUACAUAAACAAAUACUUUAGUAGCUAUUUACUUUAAGGGAGAAGUGAACAGAAUUACUACACUGUUUUAAAAAUAAAUAUGCAUUAAAGAUAUUUAUAGAUUUA